CCACAAUUGAUUCCAUACAGUCUCCAAUUAUUAAAUAAGAUGAUACGCUACUGUUUCUGUGUUACAUAUAUAAAAUAUUGAACAUUGAUCGAGACACUACUCUUGGUACAAAUUUCUAACCAGAAAUCUCUGAAAAAAACCUCUCAGAAAAUUCACCAACUACUACGUAGUACUCCAACUCCAACCUUAAUAAAUAAAAACAGGUUUUUGACAACAUUUUUAAUGUUCUGUCUCCUUCAACAUCACCAUCCUCAUUUAUACACCACCUAGGUUUCUUCUCUCUUUCUCCAUUCUCCAUAUAUACAUAAAACUAUAGUACAUUAAUCUCAUCUCAUCCAUUAAUUAUUUCAUUGGCCCAUUAAUCAAUUUUCAAUCUUUUCUCUUCAUUGCUUCAAAACUAGUUCAUCUUUGAAAAUCAUAGCCUACCCCAAAUAGUCCACAUGCUAUAAAGUCUUAUUUUUUUAUUUUUUAUUUACAUCAAGAUCUGAGAUAACCCAUUUGCUUGCAUCUUCUGAUAUGGAUCUUGUAAGUAGAAGAUUCUUGAUCCAUUUUUCAUCACAUGUGACACAAUCACAAGCUUUUUCUCCAAGUUCAAGUUCAAUUUUUCAUCCUCAUAUGCAUCAUUCUAGCACAAGUUUUCCAAUUAUUGCAAUUGCUAUAAUAGGAAUAUUAGCAACAGCUUUCUUGCUUGUUUCUUACUACAUCUUUGUCAUCAAAUGUUGUCUCAAUUGGCACCGUAUCGAUCUUCUAAGACGAUUCUCUCCGUCUAGAAGGCGACAAGAUCCAACAACAAUAUACUCACCGGGGACAGAACCUCGUGGUCUAGACGAAGCAGUGAUUCGGUUAAUUCCGGUUAUUCAAUUCAAAACAGAAGAAGGGAAUAAUAGAGAUUUCUGUGAAUGUGCUGUUUGUUUGAAUGAGUUUCAACAAGAUGAAAAACUUAGGAUUAUACCAAAUUGUAGCCAUGUUUUUCAUAUUGAUUGCAUUGAUGUUUGGCUUCAAAACAAUGCUAAUUGUCCACUUUGUAGAACAAGUAUUUCAUUGACAAACAGAUUCAGCUUUGAUCAAAUGAUUUCACAAACUCCUUUUUCAACUCAAGAUCAAAAUCCAAAUCUCAUUGGUGGUGAUCAAGAUUUUGUUGUUAUUGAAUUAAGUAACAAUAAUGGUUUAGAUUUACCAUUACCAUUACCAUUACCAAGAGCAAAUUCUAUUAGGCCUUCACCAAGGAAAUUAUUGGAGCAAAGAAAUGUUGAAAAGAAAGGAAUAAAGUUGAAAAAAGUUACAAGUAUGGGAGAUGAAUGUAUUGAUAUUAGAGCAACAAAAGAUGAACAAUUUUUAGUUCAACCAAUUAGAAGAUCUUUUUCAAUGGAUUCAUCAACUGAUAGACAAUUCUAUUUAGCAGUUCAAGAAGCUCUGCAUCAACAAAAGAGAGAAAUCAAUGAAGUUAACAACACCAUUGAAGGUUGCAGUAGAGCUAAGAAAUCAUUCUUUUCAUUUGGAUAUGGAAGUAGAUCCAGAAGUUCUGUUCAACCUGUUUAUUUGGAUUCUUGAAAUUUCUACUUUUUAGUUUUUAUCUCUUUUGUUUCAAUUAUGCUUGCAACUUGCUAGUUAGUUUUUUUUACUAUUUUUUUUUGUUUUAUUUUUGGUGAGAUAGAGAUGUUAGAACUUAGAUGUAUGAAUAGGUCAUAGGAUAUCAAGGAUUGUAUGACACACAAUUAUUCAAUUGGAUUUAAUUUUAGUUUGAAAA